AUUGAUACAUUGUUAUUUUAUUUAUCAAAAUUUCAGAGAAGUUUCAACUUUAUAGUGUUUGAGAGAGAAAGAAAAAAAAAAGGAGAAGAUGGAAGUUGAAUCCGGUGUUACAACUCCAACUGCUCUUCUUGAUGAUGAUGGGAGACCCAAAAGAACUGGGAAUGAAUGGACUGCGAGCGCACAUAUCAUAAAUGCAGUUAUUGGGACUGGAGUGCUCUCACUACCAUGGGCAAUGGCCCAAAUGGGAUGGGCCCUUGGCUUAUUGUCCAUUUUUAUCUUUGCUGCUGUUACACUUUACACUUCAAAUCUUCUAGCUGAUUGUUAUAGAUCACCUGAUCCUGUUACUGGCAAAAGAAAUACCACUUACAUGGAUGCUGUUAAAGUUCACUUAGGUGGAAAACAACAUGUUUUUUGUGGAAUUAUCCAGUACGCCAACCUAGCUGGCUUUACAAUUGGCUUCGUAGUAACUACAUCUACAAGUAUAGUGACAAUACUUAAAAACAUUUGCUUCCGCAAGAAUGGAUUUGGAGCUCCAUGCCGUUUCUCGAAUAAUCCAUACAUGAUUGGUAUUGGAGUUGUUGAAAUAAUACUAUCUCAAAUUCCCAAUUUUCACAAAUUAUCUGUGCUCUCAAUCGUAGCAGCUACCAUGGCUUUUGGGUAUGCAUCUAUUGGUGUUGGACUUUCUCUUGCAUCAGUUAUCCAAGGGAAUGUAAAGAGCACAUCUUUUUGGGGAAGCAACAAGGGUAGUUCAUCAGAUAUAGCAUGGAAUAUGCUUGUUGCAAUUGGAGACAUUACACUUGCCAGUGCCUACACUCAAAUUGCGGUAGAUAUACAGGAUAGUUUGAAGUCAUAUCCUCCAGAAAAUAAAGUGAUGAAAAAGGCAAAUAUGAUAGGCAUAUUCACUAUGACAGUUUUCUUCACUUUAAAUGCAUGCUCUGGAUAUGCUGCAUUUGGGUCAAACGCUCCUGGUAACAUACUCAUGAGCACUGGAUUUCACAAACCUUUUUGGCUAUUGGAAUUAGCCAAUGUCUUCAUAAUCGUUCACCUGCUUGGAGCAUUUCAGGUAAUUAUCCAACCUUUAUAUCGAAUAGUUGAAAUAAUAGCUGUCCAAAAAUGGCCAGAGUCAAGUUUUGUAACAAGGGAGAUUCCAAUGAGCAUUGGCAAAAUCAAAUUUAGCAUCAACUACUUUAGGUUAGUUUGGAGGACUGUAUUUGUGAUGGUGGUGACUGUUUUAGCCAUGGCAAUGCCUUUUUUCAAUGACAUGAUUGCCCUUCUUGGUGCCCUUGGGUUUUGGCCUUCAGUGGUUUAUUUUCCAGUGGAGAUGUACAUUGUCAGACAAAAGAUCAGAAAAGGAACAAUUCGAUGGAUUGGUCUUCAAUCAUUGAGUUUUUUCUGUUUGCUUGUGUCUUUGGCUGCAGCAUGUGGAGCUAUUCAUGGGUUGGCUCAAGCUGUUGGUAAAUACAAACCCUUUAUGUAUAAGGCUUAGUAUGCUUUAUUGGGUUAAUUAAUGUAUUGUGGAUUAGGAUCCUCUAUCAUAUUAGUAUUAUAAAACUUUGUAAACCACAGUACAUUUGUUGUCUGUAUCUGAGUUUGAGGACCUAGAUUUUAGACUAUUCUUAAGAAUAAAACUAUUUAGAAUUUGUUUGUUAUAGAUUAAAA